GGGAGAAAGGAAUGGACGUCAAGUCUGGAAAAUGCUUCAAGUGUGGCGAACCUGGUCACUUGGCUCGUUUCUGUCGUGGGGUGGACAUAAGGCGCCACCCUCCCUACAGCGAUUACCGUCGUGGACCCCCACCCCCACCUCGUUAUGGCGGUCGUGGUCGUUCACCUAUUCCUUAUGGACGCGAUCCCUAUGACUAUUCAUACCGUGGUCGAGGCUACUCUCGUUCACCUGACCGUGGAUACGGUGGAUAUCGUGGACGCUCGCCUUACCGUCCUAGCGGCGGAUACCGUGGUCGCUCACCUUCUCCUUAUUAUCGUGAUUCUGGACGUGGUCGUUCUCCAAGCCCGUAUGGGUAAGUUGAAAGACGUUUAAUAUGUUCAGUAUUUGUUACGAAGGCCUAUUCGUGUCCUUGUUCUAUAUCACAUUUGUUUUUAUCCAUUCAUUGUUGUGUCGUGAGCGUGUUUUUUUCGUACCUUUUCUUUGUCUUCUUCGCCCUUUCGCCGGUUGAUAUCAUGGAGUUAUCCUAAAUGCACCAGCAUUGGCGUGUUCUCGCUAGUCGACUAAUUUUCAAUUCGGACGUGAUAAAGAGCAGGCGUGCCACAGGUCAACAGGAAAAAAAUAGGCGGCUUUUUAUUAUUCUUAUUCUUAUUCGCUCUCUUCAAGUUGAAAAUGGAAAUUGGAUUCACACUUUGGACAUUUGAGUACAUUUUCAUUUUAUGGUUAUGAUCAUACGAAGAGACACCGGGG